AUGUGCUUCGAUAACGUUCCACAAGGUUGUAAAUUGGGCAUCGUAACGCGAGCCGGCAACGGCGCAGCGACAGCCACAGCAAGCGACCCCUUGGUGAUGACUUUGGAGCAGGCGAGAUUCCACGAGCCUACCACGUUGCAGGUCCGAUUCGAACCAGAAGGCGCGCCGCCACCGGGAUUGCAUGUAAGCUCACUAGUUGUGCGUUGCACAAACGAAUACGACCUCUCUCCUGAAGGCCAGCCGGUGCCCCGGGUGGUGCGAGUUCCGAUACUUGUUGACGUAGCUCCCGAGUGUGCGGGGCCGGAAAUUAACACAGGUAUUGCGCUGAGCACAGAAGCAACGAACGUUGCUGCAGCGGGGGUGCGGAGACGAGCAAGCGCUUCUGAACUUCUGGAGGGAUUUUUUGCAAAAGGACUCCAUGCAUCCGUCGUUUUCCAUGCCAAUACUUCGUCGCCAAUACAUCCGUACGAACGUGCUGCUGCCAUGCCGUUGUGCAUCGUGGAGGAUCUCGCGAAGACGAAAGAAGAGCAACCGGAUACGCAACCCGACGCAGAUUCCAUGCGGCGUCUUGUCGUUACUUUUAUCCAGGGGAGCGAGUUUGUAAAUCACACCGCAGCGAUAGGAGAGCUCACUGAGAAGAUUGACGCUGUUCAAGAAGAUGCGAUUGCUUCUGCGCUUGUUUGGCUAGAGACGCCGGCCGGAGAGCUAAGCCCAGGCAGCCAUGUGUUGAUGUCGGUCUACCGCCUUUUGCUGGCAGACAGCAAGAACGGGCCCGCGACAGUCAGCGAGAAAAAUCUCCGGAUAUGCACCUCGCUCCUGGCAGGCAUCGGCUGCGAUAGCAAUAGGGCUCGACCACAAAACCUCGACAGAUUCUGCAAGAUCUUGGAGGCUGGGAUAGGAGCAGAAGGAACGACUAUCACCGAACGCUGCACCGUGUCCAAGUUAGUGCAGCAAGCGCUUGCAUCGUUGAUGAGCGUCGAAACUUCUGAGGUCGGUCGGUCCUUCUUCUCCGCAACGGCUCUGGAGGUUCUGCAGCAACUGCAAGACGCGCACUGUUCUGAUCGCACCGAGAGUGAGCGCGUUCUGGAGGCGCUGGUAAAGAUCAUUAACACAUGCCGGUCAUCCGUCAACGCCGAUUGGAAGACGCAUCUCACUUUUCUCCAUGAACUUGUACAAACGUUUCGCUCUGGAGGAGAGCCAGGCAUGUCGACCGUGGCGCGUUUACUGAGGUGCGGUGCUGGCCUCACACAACAUGAUGAGGCGUCGACGUUUGCAAGCACGGUUUUUGAAUCCUCAGUGGCGGAGCUAUUCCCCGAGCUUCUUUCCAUGACCGGUCAAUGGGCGGAACGACAUCUGGAGAGAGCGGAAUACGAGAAGUACCAGGCUGUGCAGAGCAGUAUUCUGGAUGCGCUGCGUUCGAAGGAGUACCAGCUGCAGACGUCACGAAGAAUUAUCGCCAAGAUUUUUGAAGGAGCAACUGUGUCAGGUGGAGCUAUGGCGGCCCAAGCUCUUGGACAUUGGUUACCGUGCUCUCACCAUCAGCAGGGCACACCAGACAAGAUGCUCCAGGCGUUCAAGCAGAUUCUGGAAUUCGGAUUUCGGGAUUGCUGCACAAGCCUGAGCGAUGCUCAGGAUGCCGUUUGGACCACCUUCAUUGAGAUUCUAGAUGAAGAAAUUGGCGCUAUGUUUUUACAAGACUACACGGACAGGAGCGAGCGGAAAAGCGAGGUUGAAAAAAUUCUGCAGAAGUACAAUCUUACCAGAAAUGAGGCUAGUGUCGGCGCGAUUGUGACUUCCAUCAAGGUUUUUGGUCGCUCUGUCUCGCAAAAGAAGCACAAACACGCAUUGCUAGCAGCAGUGACGGUUCUAAAGGAAGUCGCGACGGGAAUCACUGAUCACGAAAGUUUCAAGCCGCGGCACGAGGCACUGACCGCCAUGAUUUGCGAAGUUCGGGAAGGAGGCAAGGUUCCUAGUCAGCGUCUUUUGGCCGCUUCGUGCGAGUGCGUUUCCGCAUUCGUUGACCACACGACUAAAAGGAACGCGUUUCGUUUCCUCGCACAGUCCUUCAAUCAUGGGUUGGGUGACCUGGAUUCCUUCAAACUGGCUAAAGUGACACUUGCUGCCGUGAGUCGCAAUCAAAGCAACAAAAAGCUACACGAUAUCUGGGACGAAUUGGAAUCCGCUAUCCAUUCGGACAACGGCGUAAAUGUUUUGCGCAAAAUUGCAAACAUGAAAGAUUUUACAGAAGCCGAAAGCGAAACGCAGAAGCACGCCGCGUUCUGGGUUGAGCUCUUUGAUAAGUGUGCCGCGGAGCCUGGAAAAACUGUGGAAAUACUAAAAUCUGUGCUUGAGGAAGGCGAUGCAAUGACUGCCCUCGCGUCUAGCAGUUCGGGACCGGCGCAGGUCUCUCGCAGCUUCGUGGCGGAGGAGGUCUUACGCUUGGGGAGCAGCUUUGGCCAAGCAAUGCGCGCAACAUCAGACGAGGGCGACUUCCUCUCUACGGCCUUCGAGCACAUUGACGAAUUUGCGCGCGUAGUGAACAUGGCCAGAGCAUAUGGUUUCCCGCGUCAAGUCGUACACGGGCUGAAGGCCGCAAUCUGCAGCUGCUGCGCCAAGUGCAACUUCGCCAAGGUUACUGCGCAGUAUCUACGGCUGUUGGCUUUCUCUGAAAUGAACAAACUUUCACCAGCCAAAAUGGGCAACCAGGUAUGCCGCGAACAAAAGGACGAGCAGCAGGCUGCUGAGAGCCUCGUGCACGAUCCUAGCAUCGUCGAGAAAAAUCUCUCAGACCUCCUUCAAGCAGAGCAAAUCACGCAAGACUCUAUAACUCCAGCCAGGUCUUUUGACGAUGCCGCGUCUGAUGACGAAGCUCUGAUGAAUCUCAAUGCGGACUUGGGCGGAUCAUCAAACGGCCACGCCGUGCCCCAGAGCGCGGACGAUGAGGGGAAUGCACAGCAAUCACCGCAGGACCAGUUGCAGCCGGAGCCUGACGAUGAGGCUGCGCACGAUGCCAGCGGGACCGCGGACGCUGGAACGGCUGAUGCAGCAGGCCCACGAGACGACACUGCGAAUAGUGUGGCGAUGGAGCCGGACGUCGAGCCAGAAGACAACAACAUUCAAAACCCCGCUCAAGAGAAGGACAGGCUCUCACUCGAGGUCGAUGACCUAGGAAAAAAGCUGCUUGCAAUAGCACAGGACUUCGGGGUUGACGGCGCGGACUCGCUCAUGAAUUUGUCUCUACGUCCGGGAAAAAUUUUGAGCAUCGAGGCAAUUCUGAAGCACGUCGCAUCAUUGACGUCUUUGCCUGAGGUGUGCUCCGAGAAGUUUUUUCGGACGUGUGAGCUUUCCCGCACGGGUGUGGAUCUCGAAUUCCUGCCCGCGAAAAUGGUGCAGUGCUGUAUCAACGUCAUUUUCCUGUUUGAUCUAAUUGUUUCGCAGCUCCAGCGCGGCGGGGGGCAAGAGGCACUGAUUCGAAUGCUGCGUGAAAAGAAAAGCGGUUUGACGAAGAACCUGCGCGUUUUUCCUACAACGAAAGAUGCAGUUGGUCAGCACUUCUCCAUCGAGCUGAAGGAGGCAUUGCAGUAUGUCGCCGGCGACUCGUUGACGCAGAAGGGCUGGAAUGGUGAGGAAACCGUCUUCGCUCAGGGCGAUGCGCAGAACACCGCAGCAGGCUUCGAUGCUGCUCCGCAAACGGCUCGUGGUACCGAGCACGUCGCCGACAGUUUGCACACUGGGUUUGAGUUGGCCGAUCUCGCAGAACUGGAUGACUACAAGUGUGGCGACGCAGACGAGGAUGAUAUCGAUUUCCAGGAGCAGCCGCAUGAUGCCGGCAACGACGCACUCGAUCUAGCCGAGGGAAACACUCUCGGUGCGGUCGUGAAAGGGAUGAAACUCGAGUUCGAUUUUCAAGACGAUGACGGCAAUAUUGGGGACAGCGCGACGGCCGCUCGUCGCGCUGGCGCCGAAAACCCUGGUGAUCGUGCAAAUCAGCAGCUUCAACAUCGGAGUGCGGGAGGCGACACAAACCAUCUUCGGCGCUUGAUAGACAAUCUGGCAAACCAGAAAAAGAUGAAGCGUGGUGCUCGCGGCGGUGCUGCGGGCGCGCCUCCCGCUGCAGUGGCCGGAAUGGGUGAGUCGGACGAUUUGCAGCUUGGUACGUAUGAUGACCUCGCACGGGAUGCCGACGUGGACAAAAUCCACUCGAAAGCCAUGGACUUGAACUGGUCACGGGAGCGCCUGCAGAAGGAGGCACAGAAAAUGGACUUCAGCGAGUACUACAAGAAGGCGAAGAAAACGACUCGAGAAAAGAACCCAGCCCAGAUUCCGGACGUACUGCGUUUACAGGCAGCACGCGAAAAGACGGAGAAAUACACUUACGAAGCGCUAGCGCAAUCUGGACCCUUGGGAAAGUUCUCUCGGCGGCUCUACAGCAUGGCGCGGCAGCAAUUCCAGGAGAUGUAUCAGCAGUCGGGUGCCGAACUCCCGAAAUUCGAGUGGCUCCUGCUGCUCGAUAAUUCCGGGUCCUUCAUCAGAUUCGCCAACCAGGCCGCAGAGGCUUUCGUCGUGCUGCAGGUAAGGAAGUACGUUCACGUUGUCAUAAACGCUUAAUGCAUUCUUACUCUGUCGUCCACCAAUAUCUUGUUGACAUUGUGUGCCCGAAUGGACGAUAAAUUGCCAGCGGCUGAAAGGAGCAAACCAGAUAAAGAAUAAGAAUCAAAUUUUUUUUGAACAGGAAACUCUACGAAAGCUCGAGUGCCGAACUGCGGUCGGGCGACUUGGAAACCAGAAGAACCAGCGCCUUCUAAAAGACUUCGACGAGUCGUUCAGCGCCUUGGUUGGCCAGCGCAUUCUCGAGUCGUUCAGCUACGAUGAAAGCAGUCACCUUGCAAGCGGGCUCUGGGCGCUCACCAAGAAAGUUUGGGGCGGCAAAGAGAAGCCUUCCAAUGUACACCGUGUAUGCCUGAUGAUUACGGACGGGCUUUCCCAGGAAUUGCACAACGAGCAGAAUUGGACGGGCUUGUGGGAGAAGUACAAUGUCCACAUGUUGUUUGUGACGAUUCGGGACAAGAAGACGGCAGGGCAGAUGAGUGAGAUCCAGGAAAUGAUGAAGCGGGUGGGAAUUCUGUCGAAGUUUCUCGAUCACGAUGAAAGUGAUGCGCUCCCCCAGCUGCUUGGCGAUCACAUGAUCAAAGUAUUUAAUCACGUCUUUCUCUUUUUUUAUUUUUCAGCUUCCUCUCCUACAAAGGGAAAGGAGUGAGAAACUGAAAUGCAAUAACGUUUAUCAAUUUUUGUGCGUUGAGGACGCUGCACAAAUUCAAUUUCGCGCACAGGUAUUCAGCAAGAUUCUGAAAGAGAUGCGGCCCCGGAACAAAAAGGUGGGCAAGACGAAUAGCAAAACAGACGAAGCCGAAGCCGAUGCCACUACGGAAAAGGAAAGCGAACUGGAAUUUUGCGAAACACAGACUCCGGAUUUCGAUAGCUCGACGUUCCUGCGCGAGCUUCCGAGUGUUUUGGGCAAGCUCAAUCUCGCGGAUGCCCUCAAGAAGAAGAGUGACGAGGUGACUUUGCUGUACGAAGCGAGUUCCCCGGGCGCUGCCAUUCCGUUCGCCGAUUCUGCGCGUGGGAUGUUGACUGCCUCAAGCACGGGCUCUAGUGGAUCGUCUACAGCCACGGAUUCCGCGAAGAUGCUGCAGUAUUCCAUGGAUUUCUAUGCACGCUCGAGCAGCGCUGUGCCCGAGCUCCUUGCCAAAGCGGGGGAGUCCUGGUCUCAGGCAAUGCACAUGCUGCGCGAGCCAGUGGAGCAAAUGAAAACAAUACUGGAGGCCGAUAUACUGCCCGAGAACACGUCCACCCGGCACCGGCGCGACGUAAAAGGGCCCACUUUGCACAUGCAAGGGCUCGCGCGAGCGAUCGCCACGGACUUCAACGACAAGAAGUUCUUCAGUAACAAGAGCGCAGGCGGCCGGGCGAAGUACAUGGUCUCGAUUCUCAUCGAUGUGUCGCAGUCUAUGGAUGGCGCGGGUUCAUUCGCAGUCAUCGAGGCGGCCACCAUGUUGAUUGGUGCACUUCUGGAGAUGCGGCUCGACACCUUUUCAAUUGCGGUUUUUGGGGAGAAAUUCCGUCUCGUGAAAAACUUCGACCAGAGUUGGGAUCGUGCCGCGAUGUUCUCCUUCCUGCACCACCUGCGCUUUGACCAAGAUUGUGCUUCGCUUGAUGCCAACGCCAUUGAUGCUUCAGUUGACCUGUUCGACGCGGCUGGCGUCAGCCUGCGGGUUCCACGGAAGCUGUUUGUGCUUACUGAUGGGUACGGGUCCUGCGGUUUGAAGUUGAGCCAGGCACUGCUGCGCGCGCAAGACGAGGGCGUGGAGGUUGUUGGUAUGAUUCUGUGUGCUGAUAAUUUGUUCUCAUGAUGCGCAUAUAAGUGUAGCUUUAGGUCAAUGGAAUCGCUUCUAUAGACGGAUGAAGAUGAGGAUAAAUCCCACAAGCAUCAUGUUUGUGGCACAAACAUCAUUUUGCAAUGAACAGGUAUCGGGCUCGGGCUUGAACGUUUGUUCGUGCAAAAGUGCUACGGGAAGUGGGUCCUGGCCACUGUGCCUAGCGAAUUACCAGCAGCUUUGCAAACACUGUAUACGCAGGAUCCAGAUGCUUCCGCGGAUUCGAAGACAGAGGAUCCAAGCUGGCAGGGGCGCGAAUUGGAUAACAAAGGCAGUUACAGCACAACGGACGGCAUCUGGCGCGACUUCGACACAAAGAAAGUACUUAUUGACCCGGAAUUGAAAUUUCAGAUAAAUCUCGAUGUCACAUGUUUUGAUGCAUUUGGAUGCGAAUGCAUAUUAAUCCCAGUCUCUGGUGGAAUGCUGAGCGUACAGCCUUGCUGGCCUCGGGUUCAAGACUAAGAUAUUGCAAUGCCACUAAGCUGGCUCCGGUGAGAUACUUAAAAAAAAACUUCUGAAUUAGGUUUUUACUGGGUACCUGGACCAACUGCGAGGGGAACGUGAAGCGAAAUUGGUUCGGGGAAAUGCGCCUUCGGUCAUAACGAUUGAUUUGUGCUUUGUCCUCGAUACAACGGGGUCAAUGACGCCCUGGAUGGAAGCAGUCAAGACCCAGGCAGAAGUCAUCGGGACGAAGGUAGUGGACAAAAUCAAGGAGAAGCACGAGGGUCUGGAUAUGGAAAUGAAACUUGCCGUGGUUCCUUACAAGGACUUCGGGGACCAAGACCACUUAGCCCCCCGCACUAUUUUGGACUUUACUUCUGAUCACGAGCUGUUCAAGACACGCGUGCGUGGCCUCCGCGCGAGUGGCGGUGGAGAUGAGCCAGAAGAUGUCGCCGGCGGACUCCAUACUGCGCUGGAAAAGCUGAGCUGGAGCUCAAAGGUAAUUACGGCCGCCGUCGUUGAUCACUUACUGUUACUGACUUUGACAGAGCCAGAUGAAGACUGCAUUGCUUUGGCAAGAAAGAAAUGCCUCAUGGUAGAGCCAGACGAGAGAGAGCAAGUUUACAUGUGAAAGGCGCCCUAGUAUAAUCAAACACAAAACCAAUUCACUUCAAUUCAUUCAGAUUCGCUUUCUGGUCUUAGUGACGGACGCCCCGGGCCACGGGCAGGAGCUCCACCCUGCCAGUGUCAAUGAUGACCACCUGAAUCACAAUCAAAGAGGACGCCGGAUGGAAACAAUAAUGCAGCGAAUGCGAGAAAAGCAGAUUGAGUUUCUCUUCUGUCGGCUGAAGAAGGAAGCAACGAAAAUGAUGGAGGACGCGAUGCGAGUGUGGUACGAAACCAAAGAGGAUCGAGAGCGAAGAAUGACUGCCGUGGACAUGUUCGACACAGCGGUGGCGGAUCGCUUUCACGUUGUCUUCGUGCUAGACGCUUCUCAUUCCAUGACGUGGCCAGACCCGAACACUGGGGUCACGCCAUGGAUAGAGCUCAUGCAGGCCUAUCAAGGGUAUUUGCAAAAGCGAAACGCGAACCAAGGACUGCAAGACUUGGUGUCCGUUGUCACGUUCAGCAACCAGGUCCAAACGCACUUCGAAGCUUGCCGUCUCUCGCAGGCCAUGCGGACCCAGGUAGCAUGUAGCGGAGGAGGUACUUGCUUUUCGCUCGGCUUGAAUGCUGCCCGUGAGAUUUUGCAGCGAAACUCAAGAACAGGCUGCCAGAGCCUCGUCGUCUUCAUGAGCGACGGCGCUAAUCAUCAUACGGACGAAAGCGAUGCCAACCAGGCAGCCCGCCAGUUGGGAUUUGUCAAUGGUGUUCACUACGUCGCUUUCGGUAAGGAUGCUAGCAGGGAUCGCCUAACGCAACUGGCGAAUCUGUCCAAGGGAACCUUUCAUGCUGCAGCACAGGGGGCCGACUUGCUUCGCGUGUUCACUGCGAUCGCAGCAAACGCCGACAGAAUGACGGAUGAGAUGAUACAAAAGUUUGGGAAGAGGAUGGCGGAUAUGGUCGUCAACAAACUGAUCAUCGACCACAUGUAGUGCUGAGUGGGAUGACGAGGGAGCAAUCUUCAAACUACCGGCGUUCAAAGAAACACGCGUACAGGGCCCCGGGUAUGCGCUUCUCGGCAGUAAGUAUACCUCCUGGAGCAUGGAGCUGAAGUUUUAGUGUCUUGCACUUGCUUCAGUUUUUUUCUAUUAGGACGCUGGAAAAUAAAACUAUUUUGAUAUUCCAGUUUCCGUAACAUUUCACGGGUCGUUUUUACCUAGAGUUAGCCCGUCACGAACCAAGUUCGCUGGUGCGCAGUUACUGUGUGCUUGAUAGAUGAAGAAUGGCCAUGACAUUUGCUCCCGUGGUACCGGAGCACCAGCAAGUUUAGAAUUUCUCACUGUAACGUAGAACUGUUUUUUCAACUAGAUAUACUUUUUUCUGUCCUUUCAGGCACAACAUGAUGUGUAUGCCCAUUACCAUUAGAAGCAUCUGAAGACCUUUCUCCGUCACUGUAACUUUUUCGUUCGCGGUCUUCGUAUUCCAAGAAACUUGAUUCGGUAAUUUACGAAUGUUUUUUCAUAUCACGCUCGCAUUCAUCAUGCGGUUUCUGGCCGCAAUCUGUGAAACGACAUUUCUGAUCUUGUUAGAACACUAAAACUACCACGUAGGCCGGUAGACAACCUACAAGUUCUAGCAUCCACGUUACUGUUGCAUUCGGGGAAAGGAACAAGUUCAUCAUCAUCAUCAUUUCGUCAUCGCUCUGUACCAUCGCUCUUCGCUCAUGAUGUGAUUUCAGAUCGUGGAUUUCGAGUGGGAUUUGCAUCGUGUCAUGAGAUCUACAUGGUAAUUUGAUCUGCAUGCCUACAGAUCUUCACACUCAUUCUCACCAUCGACUCAGAAGAAGCAAGCGAAAAACGUUUGACUCAUCUCCUGCCCGCGCCCAGUCUUUCCCUCGAAAGUUCUUGAAAGGUCAGGUGGCGUCUAGUUGCUGCGCUAAACUCGUGACUCCUGAUUGUUUCUUGGGGGAAAUAAGUGCA